GCUCGCCACGGGGCAAUUCGCCGCGGCGCGGAUCUGCAAUCGUGGCAGUACCGACCGUCAACCGCGCGUUUCCCUUCACGGGCACCGGGGGGUGGGGAACAAAAGUGAUUGCUGUGAAAACCAUCCACGAAAACUGGCCAUCUUGGAAAGAUAUGUCGUAUCGAGGUAAACGUCAACAGGAUAGUGUUUAUUCGAUAACCGGGUUAUAACAAUUUUUCAGUAACCCAUAGUAAGUCAUUUUGGCAGGGAGUGUCGAGUUGGGGCGCUUUUUUAAGUGGGGUGCAACCGUCGUUCGGACAUAACGAUGAAUCGUGGGGACGGGCUGGUGCAACGUCGUAGAGUAAUAAACAGCAGUAGUUCAGGUAGUGGUAGCGGGGGAUUGGGUCAAGAUUCCUCCAACGACCUCACUGGAAAUGGGGAUAAGUCCUCUGCUCAUGGCGGAGAUUCGGAGAGUUUGUCACACAAGGAUCUCAAUUGCAACCCCGCUGUCGACUCAGACUCUGACAAAGAGACCAGGCUUACCCUCAUGGAGGAAGUCCUGCUGCUUGGACUCAAAGAUAAAGAAGGAUACACAUCAUUUUGGAAUGACUGUAUAAGCUCUGGGCUCCGAGGCUGCAUCUUGGCAGAGCUAGGACUCCGGGGAAGGGUUGAGCUUGAGAAAGCAGGCAUGCGAAAGAGGGGGUUGCUCGCACGAAAGCUACUUUUGAAAAGCGACUCUCCUACAGGGGACGUGCUUUUGGACGAAGCUCUUAAGCACCUUAAAGAUACAGAUCCUCCAGAGACUGUUCAAAGCUGGAUAGAGUACCUGAGCGGCGAGACAUGGAAUCCUCUGAAGCUACGAUAUCAGUUGAAAAACGUAAGGGAGAGAUUAGCCAAAAAUCUAGUGGAGAAAGGCGUUUUGACUACCGAAAAACAAAACUUCCUCCUAUUUGACAUGACGACUCACCCUCUGACCGACAACCUAGCCAAAACGAGGCUUGUUAAAAAGAUUCAAGAAGCAGUGCUGGGUCGCUGGGUAAAUGAUGCAGGCCGAAUGGAUCGCAGGACCUUAGCUCUGGUUAUUUUGGCUCAUGCAGCUGACGUCUUGGAGAAUGCAUUCGCUCCUUUGUGCGACGAUGACUAUGAGGUGGCUAUGCGACGAGUGAGAACAUUACUCGACCUCGACUUUGAAGCUGAGGCUGCAAAAUCUAACGCGAAUCCCGUCCUUUGGGCUGUAUUUGCGGCAUUCACGAAGUAGCGAAUCACCCACUGCCUCAGAGUAUAGGGAUCAAUGAAAUUACUGGAUAUCUGUGUAAAUAGAAGGAUCGUGUGUACGCGCGUUAAUCAAGGACGCGCGUCGGUGUAAAUAUGCACCCAGGUAAAUUAUAUUGCCCCACAAUUUUUCGUUUUUGAAAAUAUUUAGUCUUAAGAACCUAGUAGAACAUUCAUACAUUUCGAAUGCUUCGAUCAGCUAACCAUUACAAAAAAUUAUCAUAUUUUAUAAUUUAACAACCGAAAUAUUUCAACUAUCGAGCGGAAAAGUUUUUCUCAACCGAAUCCGUUCUCGUUAUGCGGUUGACCAGAGUUCCUCGUGAUACCUGUCGAUCCGAUUUAGGUUUUUUCCCAAAAACGUCCAGUGACCUGCUUUGACUCGACAGAAUAAAUAUAAAAAAUUUGAUAUACUUUUCCGAGCAAAAAGGCUCCUUUUUCUUUCAUCACGGAGUGUCUUUCGACCGCAAUCCGCGAGACUUGUACUCGUCCAACUUUCGGCCUUCGUCAUGCCAUUUACUAACAUGAUUUCUAGGUUUCAUUUUGUUUUAUUUUGCUACUAACUUUUAAAGAGCGUUUUACGGGAUUAAUAAAAUUGCUAGCGGGUUAUUGAAGAAAAUUUAGGACAAUCGCGUAAAUAAUUGCAGUUACAUAUUGUUAAUAUCUACGCCAAGAAUAGCUCUGUAAAAACGUGCGUUUUUUCGAGGACAACUAAAUGAUUUAUCAUACUCCUUGGAUCUUCGGAGAAUCCGUAGUCCCCACUAAUGUGUACCCAAUUUUGAAAAUAUUUAUAUCCCGGUUUAGAGUAAUUAUUUCAGAAAUAUCAUCGAUCAGUCCUAACGACGGACGUCGUCUUUAGCAUGACUUCGUAAGAGAAUCGCGCAAAAAAAAUAAUCAGCUGCUGAGGAUUAAAAGCACGAGCCGAUUGAUUUUCAAUGAAGCAUGCAAACAGCGAAAAUUUGACGUAAUGAAAUUAUGAUUGUAUACUAAAAGUAUUUAUAAUAUUAGAUUCAUUAAAGUCGGCCCGUCAAUAUUUAUCGACUAAAGAAACAGCUGGAGUUGAUUUUGAUAUGGUUUCCCCCCACAUUUGAUAUAUAUAAAUUAUAAUAAUUGUACAAACGUUUAUAGGACGAGAGGAUAUUAUGUAUGUACGAAUAAUAGUUACUUAUUACUCUUUAUUAUUAUUAAAAAUAUUGUAUUACUACUAUGUGUAAUAAAAUAAAUAUUCCAAAUAGUACAA